GGCGGACGUGACGCCAGGCCCGGGCCACAGGCGGCGCGGCUAACCUGUCAGUCCGGUCUCUGGCACCGGGAUGGAGCCGCAAGCCGCAUCUAGCAACAUGAUUCUGCUGGUGGUCCUGAUGCUGUCUGCGGAGGCCGGGAGCGGAGCCGUAACAAGCAUCGAGGAUCCAGAGCCGCCCUCGGUGCCUGUGCCAACUAAUGUUCUAAUUGAGUCUUAUAACUUGAACCCUGUCCUGUGCUGGGAAUACCAGGACAUGCCACAGACUCCCACUUUUACUGCACAGGUAAAGAGCUAUGGGAAGGAUGAAUGGAUUGAUUCCUGCACCAACAUUUCUAAUCAUUGUUGUAAUAUCUAUGACCAAAUUAUAUAUCCCGAACUAUCUGUCUGGGCCAGAGUUAAAGCUAAUUUUGGACAGAAAGAAUCUGCCUAUGCAGUGUCAAGAGAGUUUAUUAUGUGCCGACAGGGAAAAGUUGGAGCACCGAACCUGGACAUCAGAGAGAAGGGAGACAAGCUCAUUCUCAAUGUUUUUCACCCUGAGGUCAUUAUAAACGGAGAAAAGCAUGGGAUCAUGUUUGAGGAUGACAGCACCUGUUACACAUUCCACUAUACCAUAUAUGAACAAAAAAAUAGAAGUGGGGAGAUCCUAUAUACAACCCAUCAAAUCAAUGUAGAAGAUUGCAAUGACACCCUGUGCCAAUUCAACAUUUCCAUGUCCACACUGGAUUCCAGAUACUGUGUCUCAGUGGACGGAUUCUCAGAGUACUGGGGCAUUACAACAGAAACAUCCAAAGAAGUCUGUGUUUCUCCUGUCCGUAACAACAGAAAAGAUUCAGUUUGGAUUCUGAUUGUUGCUCCUUUGCUCCUCUUUCUAACGGUUAUUGUGGUGUUUGCAUAUUGGCAUAUUAAGAAGAAUCCAUUUAAGAGAAAAAGUGUAAUGCUACCUAAGUCCUUGCUCUCUGUAGUAAAAAAUGUCACUUCAGAGACAAAACGUGACUCCAGCGAUGAAACACUUUACAAAUCGCACCAGCCAACUGUCCUAGAGAAUGAGAAGGUGAACUGUGAAGAGAAGCUGUCCACGGUGACACUUCUAGACAACCCAGGAGCAUCAGAACUUGGAGAACUUUUAAGUGAAACUGAGGCUAUGAUCCCCAAAGGAAGUACUUCCACUGUGGCCCCCGACAGCCCUCCGACUCCAGUACAGAGGAGCGGUUCUUUCCUCUCAAGUGGUAGCCAGUCGGAGCCCUGUGGCAUCACCACCUAUCACUCCAGAAACGGCUCCGACAGUGGCCUCGUGGACUCAGGCAGCUCCAUAGCUGACUCGGAGUUCCUCCCACACAGUAACCCGGAAACAAAGAUCACAGAGCCAGAGCCCACCCCCGUGAGGAAGGCCCCCACCUCCUAUGGCUAUGAUAAACCACACGUGCUGGUGGAUGUGCUGGUGGAUGACGACGGUGGGAAGGAGUCCUUGAUUGGGUAUAGACUCACAACAGAUGCCAAAGACACCUGAGGCCAUCUCAGUUCUGCCAGAGACCAAGGGUCUGAUUUUCCUAGGUGGUUUUCUGCUUUGAUUAUAUGAGAAGUGGUUCCUUUGAUGAUGUUAAACACAUGGAUGUCUUGAUUUAGAUCCAUGUGUGAGGGCACUGUGGGCGCUACCAGGUUUACUCUGCAAAUGCCAAGACUUUUUCAAAGGAAUGUAUUGUUGCUGAUGAACUCCUUUCUGAGUGUGUUAGCAGCAGUGAAUUUUCUUCUGUUAACCUUGCUUCUCUCGCAGCUGCUGCUGGUUCGUCCUUAUCACCUCAAAGGACAUGUUGGACAAUUUUUUUAUAUGCCUUCAUAUUGUAAGUUCAUGUAUACAGUAUGUUUACACGUUUUACUUUGAAGGAAAAGCUGAAAGCUACUCAAAGUUGGGCUUGAAGUUUAAUUCAGAUUGAUAGAAUUUGAUAGAACUUGUCAGUGGAAGUUUGUACAUAUUUUUUUAUGGAGCAUUACUUGAUAUUUUUAAGUAAAAAUGUCUUGAAACCAAAA